AUGGCGGCGGCUGGGGCCGAGGCGCGAGGAGCUUGGUGUGUGCCUUGCCUAGUUUCACUUGAUACUCUUCAGGAAUUAUGUAGAAAAGAAAAACUCACAUGUAAAUCGAUUGGAAUCACCAAAAGGAAUCUAAACAAUUAUGAGGUGGAAUACUUGUGUGACUACAAGGUAGUAAAGGAUAUGGAGUAUUAUCUUGUAAAAUGGAAAGGAUGGCCAGAUUCUACAAAUACUUGGGAACCUUUGCAAAAUCUCAAGUGCCCGUUACUACUUCAACAGUUCUCUAAUGACAAGCAUAAUUAUUUAUCUCAGGUAAACAAAGGCAAAGCAAUAUCUCUAAAAGACAAUAACAAAGCUUUGAAACCUGCCGUUGCCGAAUAUAUUGUAAAGAAGGCCAAACAAAGGGUAGCUCUGCAGAGAUGGCAAGAUGAACUCAACAGAAGAAAGAAUCAUAAAGGAAUGAUUUUUGUUGAAAAUACUGUUGACUUAGAGGGCCCACCUUCAGACUUCUACUACAUUAAUGAAUACAAACCAGCUCCUGGAAUCAGCUUAGUCAAUGAAGCUACCUUUGGUUGUUCAUGUACAGACUGCUUCUUUGAGAAAUGUUGUCCUGCUGAAGCUGGAGUUCUUUUGGCUUAUAAUAAAAACCAGCAAAUUAAAAUCCCACCUGGUACCCCCAUUUAUGAAUGCAAUUCAAGGUGUCAAUGUGGACCCGAUUGUCCCAAUAGGAUUGUACAAAAAGGCACCCAGUAUUCUCUUUGCAUCUUUCGAACUAGCAAUGGCUGUGGCUGGGGUGUAAAAACCCUUGUGAAGAUUAAAAGAAUGAGUUUUGUCAUGGAAUAUGUUGGAGAGGUAAUCACAAGUGAAGAAGCUGAAAGACGGGGGCAGUUAUAUGACAACAAGGGAAUCACAUAUCUCUUUGAUCUGGAUUAUGAAUCUGAUGAAUUCACUGUGGAUGCAGCCCGAUAUGGAAAUGUCUCUCAUUUUGUGAAUCACAGUUGUGACCCAAAUCUUCAGGUGUUCAAUGUUUUCAUUGACAACCUUGACACCCGUCUUCCCCGAAUAGCAUUAUUUUCCACAAGAACCAUAAAUGCUGGAGAAGAGCUCACCUUUGACUAUCAAAUGAAAGGUUCUGGAGAUAUAUCUUCAGAUUCUGUUGACCACAGCCCAGCCAAAAAGAGGGUCAGAACUGUGUGCAAGUGUGGAGCUGUGACUUGCAGAGGUUACCUCAACUGAAUUUUCAGGAAAUAGAGCUGAUGAUUGUAGUUUUGUUUUUUUUUCUAAUGUUAACAUUUCAAAAAAGUAUUUGGGACUCUUUUCAUAUUAUCAAGAUUAUAUGCUAUGUUAAUUUACAGUUCAUAUUUCAAACUAUUGGCCAAAUGUAUUACUGAUGCUUCUGAAGAGAAGAACACAGGGUCACAUAGACUAAUUUGAAAUACAUAUUUAGUAAUUAGGUACCAAACAUGAAAACUAUUUACAGAUGAGCAUAUACAUACAUAAAAAGUCUGUGUGAAUAAAGAAAUGCCUCCUUCAGUGUUUAAGCAUUGAACUGAUAGUGUAACAGUCACUAAGAUCAAAUAUUCAACCUGCGUACACCUUGAAUUUAGAGAAAGUUAAUUCAGUUAGGGCAAAUAUAUACAAGUGCUAUUCUGUUAUGUUGUCAUUCCCAUUAUUACUCACUGUACUUGUAUUUGAGACAGAUGAUACUAUAUACUAUUUUCCUACUUUCAUUAAAAUAUUGGGUCUUACUGAUACAUAAAUUUAAGGUUUAAAAUUAAAUAUAAAAAAUUUACAGCUUAAUUCAUAUUUUGAAGCAAUCUUGACUGCUAUGAGGCAUGUAUGUCUGAACCAGUAAUU